GCACGGCUGUACAGUCGGAGUGCGGCUCUUGCGGGGCCGAAGUGCGUGUUGUCUAGGCAGCCUCUUUUACAAGCGGGGGAAAUGCAACCUUUACAGCACAACUGCCAGUCUGUCAGGCCGUUUAAACAACGAAAAAGUUUCGCAACCCGAGUGGAAGAAGUAGCAGGCAUUCGUGGGAAGUUCCCGACAAAAGUUCCAGUAAUUGUUGAAAGAUAUCAGAAAGAAAAAUACCUCCCCCUGUUGGACAAAACAAAGUUUCUUGUACCCCAGGAGUUAACCAUGACACAGUUUAUAACCAUCAUUAGAAGCAGAAUGGCAUUGAGUGCUACUCAAGCUUUCUACCUGCUGGUAAACAACAAGAGUUUAGCCAGUAUGUCUUUAACUCUGGCCGAAGUAUACCAAGAUUACAAAGAUGAAGAUGGCUUUGUAUACAUGACAUAUGCUUCCCAGGAGAUGUUUGGAGGUGUCGUAGCUACUGCCAAAGCAAAAUGUAAGGAAUGUCUCCUAAAAAGAUAAGUGUUCUCUUGGUGAUAGCUGUGGCUGGACAGCAGAGCUGCGAAUCAUUCAAAUUACUUGAAGAUGAAAGGUGCUCUGUCUAAUGUGGGCUCUUCUGCGAAAUUAAUGGCCCAGGAGUUGGCAGGACCCAACUAAAGAACUGAGGGGUGGGAUAAACCAUCCAGAACAAAUGAUAUGGACCCAUAUUUUCAUAUUCUGGCUCCUUGUCUGCCAAAGAAGUUAGUAGGUAUAUGCUUCAGUGUUAGCUUUAAAUUAUGUAUCUGCUUUAAAAACUGUUACUAUAGUUGGAGAUGAGUGAAAAGUAAAUAAUGAAAUUUUACAACCAGGUCAAAUGACCUGGACAGGAAUUGUCUGCUUAACAGAGAAUAACAUGUGCAGUAGAGAGUACCA